UCCAAAACCGCCCGCACCGAGCUCCAUCCGGCAUUGACCUUAGACAAAUCUCCCCUCCUUUUCCCCAAGUCAAUUCCUCUCGAAACCAAUUCACAAUGGCGGAAGACGGUCAGGAGCUUGUCACCAAGCCCUUCAAGUUUGUCACUGGUGGCACCGACGCCCGUUUUCCCAACCAGAACCAGACCAAGCACUGCUGGCAAAACUACGUCGACUACCACAAGUGCAUCCUCGCCAAGGGUGAGGACUUUGCGCCCUGCCGCCAGUUCUGGCUCUCUUACCGAUCCCUCUGCCCCUCCGGCUGGUACAACCGAUGGGAUGAGCAGCGCGAGGCCGGAAACUUCCCCGUCAAGCUGGACGCUUAAGUUGGACAUGUAGUCUUGGAGUAGUGGAUGGUUUAGAAGAGACAGAGCAGACACACUGCAAUUGUAUCAUUUGUGAAGCUGCCUGCUGUAUAAAAUCCUCGUAAACGCUGACUUUUGUCCG